AAUUCUGAACAUACACAAGCAACGUCGCCCCCCUUUUGCCAUUUGGUGUUUCCCGUUUCCGACGACCCUGAAAGCAGCAUUUCAAACGACAGGACUAGCUGUUACGGCGCAGAAAAAAGUAUCAAGAAACAGCGACGGUGUUGCUAAAAGAAAAUAGUCGCCGUCAUGUCAAAUCUUGGUCCAGAAGGCUCUGGGGCAGCGUCAAGCAACAAGCGUCUGCAGCAGACGCAGGCCCAGGUGGAUGAGGUGGUGGAUAUUAUGCGUGUUAAUGUGGACAAAGUGCUGGAGCGUGAUCAGAAACUGUCAGAACUGGAUGACAGAGCAGACGCUCUGCAAGCUGGAGCUUCCCAGUUUGAGACCAGUGCUGCGAAGCUGAAGAGGAAAUACUGGUGGAAGAACUGCAAGAUGUGGGCCAUCCUGAUAGCUGUCAUAGUCAUCAUCAUCAUCGUCAUUAUUAUUUGGAGCAGCACGUAAACCAGCAGCGGAUGAGACGUGGAGGCAACGAUGAAGACGAGAAGCGGGGCAGUGUGUAAACGUCUUGCCUCCUAAAUCACAAAGAUUAUAUCACAUUAGUGGCUGCUGACCUCCACAUGAAUUACCUGCAGGGGUCUUCAUUCCUCGUCCUGGAUCGUUUUGAGUUUAUGUUUGUGUAUUAAGAGUUGAGGGUUGCCAAAGUUCUGAACGCACCACAGAAGACAUCAGAAAUGUUCAAAUAAAUUACUGCACCACAUUCCAAAACAAACUGCCAGAAAAGUUACAGAAAAUUAAAUAACCUUUUACUCUAUACAUACACACACAUAGAUUUCAACGUCAAGGCUAGAAUGAAGGGUAUUGUUGUAAACUUAACUCAGUAUAUAUUUACAUUUUCACGUUUUAUUAACACCAUUGUAUAACAUUUGGGAGGCUAAACAAGUUGCCUACAAAAAUGUUCUGCUAGCGCUUUGGGCUAAUUUUCUCACCAGUUUAAAGGCAUUUACCUGCAGUGCUUCGAGGUUCCCUCUCAUUUUAAAGAUAUUAUCAUCUUUGUAUAUGGUUUCAGUUCAGAAAAAGCUAUAUCUAAUCCUUUUUUUUUACCCCCACACAUUUUAAAAAGAAAGACAGCUUCAGCUUCAUUUGGACAGAACUCCCUUUGCUGUACAGCUAGUUGUGUUUCAAUGAGUGCCUGCAUGCCGAGACCAAACAGCCUGACUCACAGCAGAAACUGCCUCAAAAUAACAACUCUUCACAUGACAAAUGUAAAAUCUGUUUGAUAUUCUCUAGAUUGUAUCAAAUCAUUUUCAUUGUGUGACUGUAGAGGCAUAACAGUGUAGCUUUUAGCUUUUUAUAUUAUUCUCAUUGCAUAAUGAUGAAGAACUGCCAAAAAUACAGCCAUAUUCUAACUACUGCCAUGAAAAACCUGGUGCCUUUAAAUGAUCUGACUGUUGAGAUUCACAUGUGGAGCCUUGCAUUAAUUAACUAAAGUAAACUUGGGUUUUUGGAAGAAAUAUUUGUAAUAUUACAUUUUUACUAUUCAGUUGCUUUCAUUUUUCACCAACUGCCAACAAAUCUGACUUUUUUUUUCUUCUUUGUGGGAACUGAUGUUGCUACUAAUGUUUUGUAUUUGUUAUAUAUUAUCUUAAUAAAUAAAAAUCCAUGAACAAAAAAAACAUGAAACCUGCAUAAAAAGUCAAACAAGUUCAUCGAAAAGUUAUUAAAUACAAAGUUACUGAAGUGUAAUAUGAUUCUGGGCUUACACGACACACUUCAGGAUAACUCUGUGCUGUUAUGAGUCUAUUGGAGGACGGUCUGUAAUACAAACAUAUCUUCUGUCCAAACAGACAAGUGGGCUUACAAAUAUUGGAAACAUCUCGCUGCUACUGAAGCCUUCAGUUCAGCAUUCAUACAGACUUCCAUUUUUCAAAGUGGUCUUUUUGUAUCACCGUCUCAUUCAGAUGUUUGUCUUGAACCUAUAAAAAUCUAUUGAACUCAGAUAUGUUCAAAAGUUUUCCCAUCAGCGAUAAUUACAGAUAUGGUGCCUUUUCGACCCAUGUUUGGGUAUUAAUUCUUACACCAACACUGGAUUUUGUUUUGUAUAUUCAUUUUACAAUGUUGAUGUUUUGAUGGAUUUUUAGAGCAUCUAGCUUUGUAGUUGUUUCACCUUCACUUUGAUUGCUUUGUGUUUUCCUUGUUUCUAUCAAAUAUAGAUGAACUGCAGCCUUAAAUAAAAUCUGUAGACCAAUGAAAUGCUCAUGGGGGCCUUUUUAACCACGGGCCACCUGUUAUUUAAUCUGCUACUUCCCCCUUUUAAUAAUAAAUUAACGUUUAACUCAAAAGCUUUGCCAAUGUAUACUCUACUGGGAAUAUAUGUGGAAAAAAAGUGCAAUUUUCUUCUGUGGCCUAAAUUGCCUGUUUGAAUAAAACUUAAUGAAGUCAUUUCAAAA